CUUGCAAACUCUGUACUUCACAGGCAGCCGAAGGAGCGGAGCCACCAGUCCGAGUUGGUCGAUCCGAGGCGACGAACCCGCGCACUCGCAGCUGCCAUCCGCACCGGAGAGAGAGAGAGAAGCGAGGAGCCUCGUUCCGGUCGUCCCUCCACACGGAUCCGGUGCAGGACGAGGAUGAGCGCGUUUCGGUGCUCUGGACACGGCGGACAGCAGCGCGCAGCGGAGAUCCGGAUUUAAGUGGGGAGAAGUUGGCGUUUGUCGGCGGCGGUGCCCGAGUGGAAACCGUCAAUCCGCGAGGAGGAUUUCUGACUUUUUUUUCUUUUCUUUUCUUUCCACCGUCGCUGAGCUGCUGUCGAAGCGCCCGGACGUGAGGAUAUAAAAGUAGUUUUUUGAGGGUUUUUUGGUGAAGUUCACUGGAGAAUUUACGGCUGGUUUUUCUUCGAAUGAAUGUUUGGUGACAUCAGACACCUGGAAGAGGCGGUUUUCUGUCAAAACGGGACACUUUGGGCAUUUGGGUCGGUGGCCGGGGCUUGUUGGAUACUUUCUCUGGGCGUCUGCGGCCGCCGUUCUGCUGGACAGCAUGCGAUCGGAGGAUGUGCUGUGAGUCGGGCCUGGCUGCUCUGCGUCUCGCCUCUCCGUCCAGAGGAAUGACGGCUCUGUGGUGCUUCCUCUGGAUUUCUUUCCUCCUGCCGCUCUGCGUGGCUCCGGCCAGGCUGCCCACCGCUCAGCCCACAGACUCUGUGUCCAGCGAGACCGCCUUCCUGGAGGACUAUGUUCUGGGGAUGGGCGACACCCUGGAGAUGUCAUGUGACCUGGAGGACCACUCGGAGCCCGUCGUCUGGUUCAAAGACGGCGCCGGACUCGUGCCGAGCAACCGGACCCGCCUGGGCCAGAGGAUGCUGCGGAUCAUCAACGUGUCGUACGAGGACUCGGGGGUUUACUCGUGUCGACUCGCCCACAGCAACGCGCUGCUCAGCAACUACACCAUCAGGGUGACAGAUUCUCUGUCAUCUGGUGACGAUGAAGACUACGAUGAAGACCCAGAAGAUGCAGGUAAUGAAAAUGAAGCUCCGUAUUGGACCAGACCUGACCGGAUGGACAAGAAGCUGCUGGCCGUUCCUGCUGCCAACACUGUCAAGUUCCGCUGUGCUGCAGCCGGAAAUCCAACGCCGAGCAUCCACUGGCUGAAGAAUGGCAAGGAGUUCAAGGGAGAGCAGAGGAUGGGAGGCAUCAAGCUGAGACACCAGCAGUGGAGUUUGGUGAUGGAGAGCGCCGUCCCGUCGGAUCGGGGAAACUACACCUGCGUGGUGCAGAACAAGUACGGCGCCAUCAGCCACACCUACCAGCUGGAUGUUCUGGAGCGUUCGCCCCACAGGCCCAUCCUCCAGGCAGGCCUCCCAGCCAACCAGACGGUGGUGGUGGGCAGCGACGUGGAGUUCCACUGUAAGGUCUACAGCGACGCCCAGCCGCACAUCCAGUGGCUGAAACACAUCGAGGUGAACGGCAGCCGCUACGGGCCCGACGGCGUCCCCUACGUCAACAUCCUCAAGACGGCCGGUAUUAACACCACAGAUAAGGAGCUAGAGGUUCUCUUCUUGACCAAUGUGUCUUUUGAGGAUGCGGGCGAGUACACUUGUCUGGCAGGGAACUCUAUCGGCUAUGCUUACCACUCUGCUUGGCUGACGGUGCUUCCAGCAGUGAGUCCAGAGAAGGAGGACUACUACGCCGACAUCCUCAUCUACGUGACGGGCUGCGUCCUCUUCAUCCUCGCAGUGGUCAUCGUCAUCCUCUGCCGCAUGAGGAUGACCACGCAGAAAACCCUCCCGACGCCUCCGGUGCAAAAGCUGUCAAAGUUCCCCCUCAAGAGACAGCAGGUGUCCUUGGAUUCCAACUCCUCCAUGAACUCCAACACGCCGCUGGUCCGGAUCGCCCGGCUGUCGUCCAGCGACGGACCGAUGCUCGCCAACGUCUCAGAGCUCGAGCUGCCCUCCGACCCUAAAUGGGAGUUUCCCCGAACACGGCUCACUCUGGGUAAACCUCUGGGAGAAGGCUGCUUCGGUCAGGUGGUCAUGGCCGAAGCCGUCGGCAUCGACAAGGAGAAGCCCAACAAGCCGCUGACUGUUGCUGUGAAAAUGCUGAAAGAUGACGCCACGGAUAAGGAUUUGUCAGACCUGGUGUCGGAAAUGGAGAUGAUGAAGAUGAUUGGGAAGCACAAAAACAUUAUCAACCUGCUGGGAGCGUGCACACAGGACGGUCCGCUGUACGUCCUGGUGGAAUACGCCUCCAAAGGCAACCUGAGGGAGUACCUGCGGGCGAGGCGGCCGCCGGGCAUGGACUACUCCUUUGACACCUGCAAAAUCCCCGACGAGCAGCUCACGUUCAAAGACCUGGUGUCCUGCGCCUACCAGGUGGCCCGAGGCAUGGAGUACCUCGCCUCACAGAAGUGCAUCCACAGAGACCUGGCAGCCAGAAACGUCCUUGUGACGGAGGACAACGUAAUGAAGAUCGCUGACUUCGGCCUCGCCAGAGACGUGCACAAUAUAGACUACUACAAAAAGACCACAAAUGGCCGUCUGCCCGUGAAAUGGAUGGCUCCGGAGGCUCUGUUCGAUCGGGUCUACACGCACCAGAGCGACGUGUGGUCUUACGGGGUUCUGCUGUGGGAGAUCUUCACCCUGGGGGGCUCGCCGUACCCGGGAAUCCCAGUGGAAGAGCUCUUUAAGCUGCUGAAGGAGGGACAUCGGAUGGACAAACCUGCCAACUGCACCCAUGAACUGUACAUGAUCAUGAGGGAGUGCUGGCACGCCGUCCCGUCUCAGAGGCCGACCUUCAGGCAGCUGGUAGAAGAUCACGACCGGGUUUUAUCAAUGACCUCCACCGAUGAGUACCUGGACCUGUCGGUGCCCUUCGAGCAGUACUCGCCCACCUGCCAGGACUCCAACAGCACCUGCUCCUCGGGGGACGACUCGGUGUUCGCCCACGACCCGCUGCCCGAGGAGCCCUGUCUUCCCAAACAGCUGCCCAGCAACGGGGUGAUUCGGACGUAGAACCCGAAGGACGCUUAAGAAUCACCUCCUCAGUGACUCGACGUCCGGAAAAAAAACUCGGCAUGCAAUACUUCCUUCAGCUCCUCCGCUCGUCUUAAACGCUCCCUUAAAAGACUCCGAGAAGCAGUGAAGGAUUAUUUUUUUGUUCCUCUUUCAGAAGAUUCUAUUUUUGUACUCGGGCCAGUCUUUUGUUACGGACAAUCUGUGGGGUCAAACCAUUCCGUGCCUACUGGGAUUAAACCUCCUGACUGAAAUAAAGAGGAUCUAAAGGGGGAAAUGAAGGGCAUUGACGAGCGACUGAUCGGCGAUCCAGUAGGCGGGCGAUUUUUUUUCUAUCCCCUGAAAGUUCGCGGGAAAAUCAACCAGCAGACGUCAGAACCGACUCGACGAUGGGACUCGUUCUUCCAAGGAAACGGAGAGGAUCUCACGUUUUUACUCCUGAAUUUGUACGUCAUCGUCGCGUCUCGGCACCCACCGCUUUUUGUGAUAAUCAUGGAACAGAUUCGUUCGUCGAAGCUUCAGGGCCAUUCAGUAAUAAGAGCAGCGAGGUUCGGAGGUCGUUUUUGUUUUUUUAUGUAUCUAGAAAAGUGAUUUAUUGUAAAUAUAUAAAUGCAAAUAUGUAUCAUAUUGCUGUCCGCAGCCGUAAAACACAAAAAACGUUGUUUUUUUUAAGAUAUUGCUUUAGGAUGGAAGCAGUCUAGAAGACACUGUCACGAUGUGUAAAACAUUUAAUCAGAAAAAAGGUUUAUUUGAAUAAUUAACGUGUAUAUUUGUAAAGAUAUUUAUAGACUUAACAUGUGGUUCUUAAGUUCGAAAGGUCUAGUUUAGGAUUUUAGUACUGUACGCAAAGAUUUUUAUUUCUUUUUUUGUGUAACUUAUUUUACAACCGACGUUAUUUUCACGGACUCCUCUGGUUUGUUGAUCCAUCUUUUUAUCAGUUUGUUUACAGCUAGAUGACAGUUUUUCUGUUAAAAAAGAGAGAGAAUAAGAAUGUAUGAUGGGUGAUUUCUGAGAGCGAUUCGAGUUUGCAAAACGAUAGCAAUGAUUAGCUCUUGCUGGGCAAGAAAACGCAGUGCUUCGAGGUCGUAAAGAGACCUUUCAGUGCAACUGAAGUACUUCAAACAUCGUAAACAACAACUAGCUGUGAAACAUAAGGAGCCUUCAGUGAACCUUUUUAAGGAAAAAUCCUCCUAUUUUUACUGUUUUGUGUUAAAUUUGUAACGUUUAAUGAAUUUAAGGAGCAGCUGGUGGUCUAAUUGUGGCUAAUAUUUCAUUUUAAACCAUUUUAGUAACAGAAAAGUUACUGAAUGAGCAAUUUCAAGUAGAUUUUGUCAUUGAACUACAAUUCCCAGAUAUGCUUUCCUGCAGUUAUUAGUUAUAAUGUGCUUGUUGCAUUUAGAAAAAUGGGGAAAAAAACGCCAGAGAACAAAUGUUUUUAACAGCAAAAGAACAAAUUAAGAAAAGUUAAAGUCGCAUUCCCCCAUUACCCCAAAUUUGUCCAGGUUUUGGUGCAAUGCAUGCUGGGAACUUGAGUCCAGACCUAUAGUCUACACUGUAAAAACAAUAAUAUGUGUGUUUUAAAAUGAUUUUUAACUGUAAUUGUUCGAAAAAUGUAAGGGUACUUCAUAGUUUUAUUAAAAUACAGUGAAUAACUAGUAAAAUCACAGAAAUAAAGUUAAUUUACAUUAAUUUACAUUUUAACCAUGUAAGAUGUCCCUAACAGAAAUCAAAACUUUAUGUUGUCCUUCUAAAAGUGUGAUGGUAAAAUUACAGAACUUUUACAGUGUUUCAAUCUGCAAAAAAUGUAUUUUUUUUUUUCCACAGAUAACUGCCAUUCAUUUAAAGAAAACUUUUUUUGAAAUGGUGAACAAUCUUUUAACUAUUACUUUACAGUUUUAGCCUGUUUUAUUAAAUUACAGAUAAUAAUAACUAAUAACAGAAUAUAUGUAUGUAUAUAUAUAUAUAUAUACAUAUAUAUAUAUAUAUAUAUAUAUAUAUAUAUAUAUAUAUAUAAUUUGCAUAUUGACUAUAAAAGAAGGCCAAAGCAGCCAAAACAAUGUUUAAAGUAUUUUUAAUGUAUUUAAAUUAUUAACUAAUAAUUUUAUCUUAUGGAUAUGUGUUGUUUUUGGAAAGAAAUUAUAAAUAUUUAGAAUUUAAGAAAUUAUGAAUGAUUUGUUUAGACUGGUUUUUCCUAUAUGUUACCUGUUUUGUUAAAUUACAGGUAACAACUAAUAAAACAGCAGAAAAAUAUAAUAAUUUGCAUGUUAACCAUAAAAAAUAGCCAAAGCUUUUGACUAUAAAUUAUACUUUUUUUUUUAAAACUAUUUUAAAUCAGUAAAAUUAUUUUAGAUUAUGGAUCUUUACCUUUUUUUGGAAAGAAAUUAUGUUGAAAGAAUUUGUUAAAUUACAGAUAAUAACUAAUAAAAUAACAGAAAAAUAUUUAUUUACAUGUUAACUGUAAAAACAAAACAGGCCAAAAAUGUAAACAAUGUUCACCUCAAUAAAAACAUCGAUUUUUAAUUUAAUAUUAAUUUGUGCCGACUAUGAAAUUAGACAGUUUUUCCUUUAAUUGUGUUAGUUAAAAUAUCAUUAUUUUACUAAUAUUUACUGUUAUUUUUUAUCAUUUUAUUGAUAUUUUUCUGGCACAUUUGCUGACAGAUAUUCAGUUUAUUUACCAAAAAAAAUAUUUUAUUUUUUUACAGUGUAGAAAUCAGCUCUUGCCCUUUAGUUCUGAUAAAAACCCACCCAGUAACCCAAAUCAAACCACCAGUUGCUGCUUUUUCCUUCAAAAUAAAACAGUUAUUACAUAUUAAAGGUGGACUUUUCUCUUAAAAAAGACGGCUUCCAUCUCUAAACUCCUAAAGGUCACAGGGUCGACGAUGUGCUCCAGCAACACUCUGAGCACGUGCACUCGUAGAUUUAAUUUAAAAAAAAAAAAAAACAUCAGCUGGAAGGCAGAAAUGUAAAAGCUGUUUGAGUGGGAAGAAUAAAAAAAACCUGCCCAGAUGCUUGAGGUUUUAUCGCUGCUCUAAUAGUAUUAAUACUGAAAAUGAAGGCGAAGCUGCGCGACUCACGGGUCAAACGGCAAAAAAAGAAACUCUAUAUACAGUUUUUAUAUAUAAAUAUAAAUAUAUCGGUUUGUUUAAAGGAGACUCCGGAGUGUGCGGUGGGUCCUGCUUCAAGUUUGUCGAGAGGAGAGAAAAAAGUGCCAAAAUAAGUCUUCUAAAGUCAGAUAUCCUGCUGCUGCUCCGGUUAAAUGUGCAGCAAAGGAUCAUGGGAUUGCCAAAUGGAUAUCUCCACCUUUUAUUUAAUUUUUUUUUAAAUCACAUGCAGUCGUGUCUCCAGCUGACUCCCCAAAUAAAUAAAAAAUAGUGUUUACAGAGUCUGUUUUUAGCACAAGAAAAAUCACAAAAAGGGAAAUAAUUGAUGAAAUUAAUCCGCUGCUAGAUGAUAAAAAUAAUAUUCGGUUACUCUGCAAUGACUGUAAAUCGAUGUAUGAUUGAGAAACUAUGAAAUGUACUUAAAUAAAUCACCCCUUUGCUAUUUAAAGUACUUAAAAGUGUCAGAAUUUGUAAUUAUAUCUGGCGGAUUUUUACAUUUUAACACCAAAUUGUGCUGAAAUUAAGAACUUAUUUCCGUUUUUUUUAAAUUAUUAUUUUACUACAGUUUUGGCCCAAAAUCUACAAAGUGCCUGGAGGUCAUUUUAGCAAAACAAAACAAAGGAGAUGGGUUCAUUUUUGAAUGUAUAACUGUAGAGAAAAAAGAAGCGUUUUAGAUUCUAGAAGCAGGUUAUGCAAAUUUUAGCCUGAUUUUUGUUUUGUUUUUCAUUUUUCAAGCGAAGAAAAAAAGGCACUUCUGCAAAGGUUUGGAUGGAUCUAAUGAAACGGAUGCUGGUUUUUUUUUUAUUAUUUUGUUUUAUUUAUUCUUCCAUGCUGGGUAAAAGCUUUCCCUAUGGUGAGAGUGUUUUUAUUCAGAGCUGUCGUCUGCUUUUCAGUGUUUUUCAUUAAAGAGCCAGAAGAAGAAGAAAACGAUGAUGAUGAUGAUGAUGUAGAGUAGUCAUUUUACUAGAUGCGCUUUGCUCCUGGCAUAGUUUAUCCUCUUUAUUUUAUGAUUUUAUUUCAUUUCGCCACCUCCUUGUUGAGCUUUCUGUCAAAUCGCUUUUAAAAUCUUGUUGUUUUUAACAUGUGGCGUUUUAUUUUGAAAAACCUGACUUUUGAUAAUGUUUCUUUCUGCAUUAAAUACGUCUUUCUAACAAAUGAAAGUGGGAAAUUUCUGUUCUGGAAGUGAAAAUUGACAUGAAAACGCUGAUUUAUUUGCAAAAAAAACUGAUUUCAAUGCGAAAUGUGUUAAAAACAACAAAUGUGUUAAAGAGUGAGCGUGUUUUCUUUGCUGGAUAUAUUUCAGAGUAAACUUUCUGUGCUGUCGAAUGAAUAAACGCCUCAGCAGGGAGGGAUUUUUACUGUAUGUACAGUCGACUUCGCGCCACCUGAGGUCGGAUUCACUUAUUUAUUCUGUGUUUUAGUCAUCCUCAACGUAAUCGGGAUUAAAAUCAGAGGAGCGUCGACUCCGAUUUGCUUUGUUCCUUUCAGAUUUGUCAAAAAUUCAAAGAUUUCCUCAAAUUUUUGCGUAUUUUAUUUAACUUUCUGGUUCAUUUUUGGCCCCUUUUCAGUUCUAACCAGUUAGUAAAGAUUAAUUUAUGGCUUUAAAAGUAGUUUUUAUGCAGCUGUGUGAGCUGUUUUCUGAUUUUUGCAUCAUUUUUUUUGCAUUCCACAUCCGGCUUUUUACAACAACAGCGAGACAGGAAAUCAUGAUUUUCCUUUUUCCUUUUCCGUGUAAUUUAUUUUUCUAACGUAGAAAGGUGGAACUAACCAUUUGGCAUUAUGUGACAUUUCUCUUUUUUCCUGUUUGUUUGUGAUUCAUAGCUUGUUUGUUGCGAUGUUUUGAUCAUGAUGAAUCCUCUGUAACAUUCCACCACAACAUCCCCUCUGGGCGAACAUCUCCCACCGGGAUGGAAAGAAAAAAAACAGCGACUAUUUCACAACUUUCUCUUCUUCCUCUAUGUCUCUCUGUCUCUCUCUUUCUCUCUGUGCCUGACAAGCUGCCUGUCGACAAAAGGUUUUCAAUAAACAUGUUAUAAUAGCG